AUGGCUCCUUUUUGCUCUCUUCCAUUUUUCACCACCACAAAAUCCAAAACCACGAGCGAAUGUAAUCCAAUAGAACAGCUCUGUCACCGCUUCUCUCUUGCUGAGCUUCAAGCAGCCACAAAUGGGUUCAUGCCGAGUUUAAUUGUCAAUGGAGAAGGUCAAUGUCAGGUCUACAAAGCCCACCUCAAAGGCCAUGGAGACGUAGCCAUCAAGCACUUCAAGACUAGAAGCCCAGAUCGUGAUAUAGAAUUCAGGGUCGAAGUCAAGAUUCUGUGUCAACUACACCACCCAAAUGUUGUUCCUUUGGUUGGUUUCUGUGAUCACAAACAUGACAAGUUUGUUGUGUAUGAUUAUGUCUCCAAUGGAAGCCUCCAUGAUUGUUUGCAUGGCACCAACAAUAACAGUGUUGUUCCCUUGUCAUGGAUACAAAGACUUAACAUCUGCAUCGGGGUGGCUCGUGGACUGCACUACAUUUACUUCGAAACCAAGAUACCCAUCAUACACCGUGCUGUGAAAUCAAGCAACGUUCUUUUGGACCAUAAUUUGGUGCCUAAAGUGGCAGAUUUUGGACUUUGCAAGAAGCACCCACAAGAGGAGUCAAGGCCAAAGCCACCAAGAGUUGAGUUGAGGGAGAACUUGGAGGUUAGUUUGGAAUACAUGGAGCCGGAGUAUUUUAUGACUGGAAGGUUAUCAAACAAAUCAGAUGUGUACUCUUUUGGGGUGGUAAUGUUAGAGAUUUUGUGUAGGAAGAAAGCUUGUUUUUUAACCCCAGGUGGAGAAUGUGAGUACCUUGCUAAGUGGGCCUUUGAUGAUGAAAGGAAGGGGGUUCUUGAGAAGAUUGUUGACCCAUCUCUCAUUGGAAAAAUAGCACCUGCUUGUUGGAAAGUGUUCAUUGAGAUUGUUCAGAGAUGUUUGGCAUCAGUUGAAGAGAGGCCAACGAUGGGUGAAGUGGUAGUGAUUCUUGAAAAUGCAUUUUUGUUGCAAGAGAGAGCAGAUGUGUGA